AUGGACACAAGGGCCCCCAAGAAGUGCCCCCAGUAUAAGAAGAGUAAGAUCAAGGCACAGGAAAAAUUUGCCAGAAAGUUUCCAUACAGGUUCUCUUGGCUGACGGAGUCCAACCCGGAGUCUCUGCAGCCCUGGGAGGUCACGAAGAUGAACAGCUCACUAAGGGAGCAGCUGCCCCUGCAGAAGAUGUUGGUACCAACAAGAUCCAUCCCAGUCAGAGGGCUUGGGGCCGUAGAUUUCACAUCACUGUCCAUCUUCCGCCCGCUGCCACCACCUCCACUGAGCAACCUUUGGGAACUCAAGCUACUGAGCCACCGCUUCCCUGGGUCAGGCAUCCACUCUGCCCUCCCUGGCACCCAUGUUAACCCCUCCUCCAGAGGCCUCUCCUAG